AUGUUCGUGCCGCGUACAGACACAUCCUACCGUUUCUUUGCGGUUGUGGUGGCCGCCUUCGUUUUUCCCUCCGGGGUUGCGGCGAGCGUCCCGUCCAACGUGCUCCACUCCAACUCCAUCAAGAACCAGCCGCUUGGCGGCGCUGUAGCAUCGGCGGGCUCCCCGGUCAGCACCGUGCCGGGGCUCUCGGAAGGAGGCAACAGGCACCAACCUGGGGAUGUGCUUCAGCUCUCUGCCUGCAUCGACGACGAAGACUGCGACGCCGAGGAGUUUUGCUCCGCCACUAUCCGUGGGGGCGUUCCCGGAGGCCAAGUCUGCCUCGCCUGCCGCAGACGCCGCAAGCGCUGUCUCCGCGACGCCAUGUGCUGCCCGGGCAACUAUUGCAAUAACGGAAUGUGUACACCAUUGGAACAAGACCCAUUUUAUCCUGGGGACAUUGAAGAGACCAUCGUAGAGAAUUUUGACCACGACACUUUGGAUCCUCAUCACAAAAGAACUACAUCUUCAUCCCAGUUGCACCACCUGAAAGGUCAAGACGGUGCUAUGUGCCUACGUUCCUCAGAUUGUGCUGAAGGGCUGUGCUGUGCCCGCCACUUCUGGUCCAAGAUCUGCAAACCUGUUCUUAAGGAAGGCCAGGUGUGCACGAAACACCGCAAGAAAGGCGCUCAUGGUUUAGAAAUCUUCCAGCGCUGUCACUGUAGGGAUGGAUUGACUUGUCGGGUGCAAAGAGACCACACAAUCAGCAACUCUCCCAGGCUACAUACUUGCCAGAGACAUUAGCUGCUGCUUUUUG